UCGUUUCGGACUUUCUACAGCAGGCCGCCUACGGCGAAACCAAGGACACCAUUUUAGAUGGCUUCGCCGUCGCGACUCUCUCCUCCACCAGUACCGAUGGAGCUCCACGUCAUCAACCGGAAAAAGCUUCUCAAUUCUUUUCGUCACCACCUUUCUCAGCCUUCUCGCCCACUCCAUGGUUUCGUUUUUCUCCAAGGGGGUGAGGAGCAAACUCGCCAUGAUACUGAUCACAUCGAACUCUUCAGACAGGAGAGUAACUUCGCUUACUUGUUUGGAGUGGUUGAGCCUGGUUUUUAUGGAGCUAUAGACAUUGCAUCAGGAAAAUCGUUUCUUUUUGCUCCUAGGUUACCUGCUGAUUAUGCUGUUUGGUUGGGAGAAAUAAAGCCUUUAGUCCACUUCAAGGAGAAAUAUAUGGUUGACAUAGUAUACUAUACCGAUGAGAUUUUGAAAGUUUUACAAGAUGAAUUCCAGGGAUCCAGUAAACCUCUAUUGUUCCUCUUGCAUGGACUGAAUACUGAUAGUAAUAACUUCUCAAAACCGGCAGAAUUUGAGGGGAUAGAUAAGUUUGAAAGUGAUUUGACUACUUUGCAUCCAAUUUUGACUGAAUGUCGCGUUUUAAAAUCAGACCUGGAGCUUUCUCUUAUCCAGUUUGCUAAUGAUAUAAGUUCUGAAGCUCAUAUUGAGGUCAUGAGAAAAGUUAGGGUAGGCAUGAAAGAGUAUCAAUUAGAAAGCAUAUUUCUUCAUCACACCUACAUGUAUGGUGGAUGUAGGCAUUGUUCAUACACGUGCAUAUGUGCUACUGGUGGGAACAGUGCCGUUCUCCAUUAUGGGCAUGCAGCAGCUCCGAACGACAGGACUUUGAAUGAUGGGGAUAUGGCUUUGCUUGAUAUGGGAGCUGAAUAUCACUUUUAUGGUUCUGACAUAACUUGUUCCUAUCCUGUAAACGGGAAAUUUUCCUCUGACCAAUCACUUAUAUACAAUGCUGUUCUUGAUUCUCAUGACGCGGUCAUAUCUACAAUGAAACCUGGAGUAACCUGGAUAGAGAUGCAUAAGUUAGCAGAAAGGAUUGUUCUCGAUUCAUUGCUGAGAGGAGGCAUUCUUGUUGGCAAUGUGGAUGAUAUGAUGGUUGAACGACUGGGUGCUGUUUUCAUGCCUCAUGGUCUGGGGCAUUUCCUUGGCCUUGACACACAUGAUCCUGGAGGCUAUCUAAAGGGAAUGGAGAGGCCAAAAGAACCUGGGUUGAAAUCCUUACGCACAGUCAGAGAACUCCAAGAGGGAAUGGUGAUAACAGUGGAACCUGGUUGCUACUUCAUUGAUGCUUUAUUGGUGCCUGCAAUGGGAAACUCAAAGACUGCCAGGUUUUUUAACCAUGAAGCAAUUAUCAGAUUUAAAGAUUUUGGUGGUGUUCGAAUAGAAAGUGAUCUGUAUGUCUCUGCAAAUGGUUGCAGGAAUUUGACCAAUGUCCCCCGGAAAAUACCGGAAAUCGAAGCAGUAAUGGCAGGGGGGUCAUGGCCACAGGACAAUGCCUCUGUUUAUUGACAAAAUGGGGCACGUGUGCUUUUGAAUAUGUUCAUUUUAGCUACUACCGUCCACUGAAUUUAUCGGCCUUCUGGUCAUGGAAGGUUGAGAUUAUGUAAAUACUAAGUUCUUCUCAUGAUUUUCUUCUUAAUAAAUAAAUACAGUCUCUUAAUAAUAUCAUGUCAGUGUGAAGAUUGAAGCUUUUCCAUUGUUAAGUAUUGUUAUUUGUACUUGAUUUUGAUUUAAUCAAACUAUCUAUUAUAGCAGAAA